UGUUCAUUCCGCGUUGAUUUAAAUAAAAAAAAUUUAAUCCUCAAAAUGUCAACAUCAGAAAAUUUUAACGAUGAUGAACUAGUUGCGCCGGAAUGGUUGAACAACGAUUUUCUCCAAAAAGUAAUAGAGAAUUAUGAAAAAACUAAGGACGUGGAAGUAAGCAAUUUUAAACUCACUCCAGGCACUGUAAAGGGCGAUCACUACGCCAGUGUUAUGUUUAGAGCAAAUGUGGAUUACAACCUGAAAGGUUCACAGAAAACAAAAUCAGUAAUUAUUAAAACAAUGCCUGAGGUUGAGGGACAAAAGAAGGAGCUUUUAAAAGAAACACAUGUCUUUGAAACUGAAAUAAAAAUUUAUACAGAAAUCUUACCGAAAUUCGAGACAGUUUUGCGUUCUAUUGGUGAUGAUACAAAAAUUGGUCCUAACUGUUUGCAUUACAGUCUACAUCCUAAAAAGUGUAUUGUUUUUGAAGACCUCGUACCACUUGGAUAUGCCGUACAACGUGAUCGGGACCUCGAAAUGGACGAAAUAAAAGAAGUUAUGCGAAAAUUGGCAGUUUUUCAUGCGAUAAGUUACUACUUAAAUAAAAAGGAACCAAAAUUAUUUGACAAUAUUCAACAUGGCGUCAUGAAUGAACCAUCAAUACGAGAUAAUAGCUUCGUGACAGACGGUAUAGAAAUAUUCAUAGAAAUUCUAAAUGAAGUACCAACUCUGCGUAUAUAUAAAAAAUAUUUUGAAGUACUUCAAAAAGACAUUUUUGAAAAAUGUCGGCAAACAUUUGAUGAGUUUCGUGAAAACCCACAGAGUGAUGGAAUAUAUGUACUUUGUCAUGGUGACUUUCAUUUUAAAAAUCUAAUGCUUAAGAACAACCCCAUAAACGAACAAGUUGAAGACAUUCUCUUACUCGACUUUCAGUUUUGUUAUAUUGGGCCAAUUGUAAAUGAUUUAUAUAAUGCGUUCUUUAUGAUGAUCUCCAGAGAGCAACGUUUGCACCAUUUCGAUGAAUUACUCUAUCUGUACUACAGUCAUUUUAAGUCAACACUAAAUAAAACAGAUUUUGAUGGUGUUGUGCCUAAAUUAAGCGAAAUCAGAGCAAUGUUUUUGAAACACAAACAUUUUGAAUUGUUUAUGCUCUCCAGCCUUUUAGCGAUGCGUUACGAAUUCCUUAAAAAAGAUAUCGACUUAGAAAAAAUGAUCAUGUCAAAGGAGCACCGCAAGACCCAGUUUAUGAAUAAAGAAUUUUUGGAUGAACUUCAUCAAUUAUUACCAAAAUAUUUACAUAGUGGAUAUUUUGAGGAUUUGUUAUAAAUUUAAU